ACCUUUUCUUUCAUUUUUUUGAGCUUUUGCACUAGAAGGGUUUAAAUUGUGUUGGUUUCCAUAGGUCUUGACCACCUGAAAUCAGAGAGGCCUGUUUUUCUGAGCAAGGAUGACAUGGUUUCUUGGGGUUUGUAUUUUUUGGCUGUUGGUGGUUAUGAAUUUGGCACAGAAGAAUUUCAAUGUCCUGUCUACACCGAGGAAGUUCAAUGUGGUGCCAGCACAGAAUUUUAACCAACGAACAGGCCUGAAGAUUGAUUGUCUGGGAAGUUAUAUGAGGCUAACUGUAGAUAAGUCUCUAGCUCUUGGAAAUCAAGUUGAAUUUGAUGCUCUCAAUGGCUCCCAAAUUGAACCUGUAACUCCAAGCUUGGCUGCCAAAUGUGGUUUUAGUAUAGACUCUGAUCCUUGGGGUAACUACAAAGUCUUUGCUUCUCUCUUCAACUGUUUUGCAGCGAAUGAGGAUGAUAGCGUGUUUGAUGUUGACAUGCGCGUCCGGGUACAUGGUGUCAAAGCGGAACAAGAUGUUUUUGAGGUGGCGAAGACCUGUCACCAUGACCAAUGGGCCUCCCGUGAAGUUCUUUGCACUCGGAAUUAUAUGGAGGUUUCUGUUAACCGAUUGCCAGAAGAAAUUACAGCUUUGCAUAGGCGGCCUGUGCCCCGAACAAAAAUGUUUGAUAACCAGUGGACCAGUACUGUUCCUGAGGCCGCUACCUCUAGGUACAACAUCUGGAGGAUGGUGUUUUUCACACCUGAUCAGAAAGCUAUGGUGUUGGAGGAUGCCCUGAGGACAGGAUAUGGUGUAAUGACAACCAGGUCUCGAUUGGUGCUGCGAAGCGGUUAUGACAUGCCUGAGACCUAUGUGGAAAAUGUGAAUGGCGUUCCAAUGAAGAUCAUCAGAGUGACCACCUACUUCAAGAAACAGUGGUCCGUAACCAUGUUGGAUACUGUUGCUGCAUGUCCAACUGGUGGGCUUUCUUUUACGGAUGAGAUGAUCACCUGGAACUUCCCCCGGUUUAAUCCACUAAUGAGUUCUCUUGAAACCAGUCUCCUUUGGAUGUUCAUGGGAAUAGAUGGAAAGCAGAUAGAUUCUGUGCAAAUGACUGCUAGAGGCUAUGUUUUGGCUGUAGUAGAAGAUCAAAUCAUAAUGACAAUACCAAUUGGUGGACCAGAUGGCUACUACAAGAGUCAUGCUGUAAAUAAUCAGUACCAUAUCACAUACGACAUUGAGCCAAUGCUGGAGUUACUGUGGAGUGAGGGAGGCAUGGAUACUACAAGAUACAAAGUCCUCUUCCCCAUCAAGACACCUUUUAUGUCUAGACCACCCCACUUUGUUGACCUCACUGAUGCUGACCAAAGGAUGUUUCAUGUACUCUUGGGUCCUUUCCUUUAUGACACUGAGUUGGUGAACAUCACCUUUUCCACUGGAGUCCUUACUGUGGCAGAGGCCAAUGCAAAGGGCAUCAACAUACAGGAACAACGCUUUCAAAAUGGCUCCAAGGCGUUUAGACUUCAAGUUGCCUUCUCUGACACUGUUGUUGUGAGAACUUUUUAUACACUAAAUGAUACCCAGACGAUUGCUUUCUUCACAAAGCCACGGGAAAAUGAACCCUUGCCAGAGACCGGUAUUGGAGAGCUUCAAGUUGUACUGCGGCUUGCUCAGGAUGGCUCUUAUAGUAACUUCUAUGUAAAGGAAGAUUACCCAGUUGUACAGUACUUAAGAAGUCCUCUGUUCUUUGAGGUGGUGCUGCUUCAGUCCACUGAUCUGCAGAUAGAGCUAGUCUUAGAGAACUGUUGGGCUACUCUGAAAGAAGACCGGAACUCUACUCCAAGAUGGGACUUGAUUGUAGAUGGCUGUGUGAAUCUGGCUGACCGUUACGAGACAGUUUUCCACCCUGUCAUUCAUAACAGCGUCCCAUACCAGUCUCAUGUGAAACGCUUUGAAAUCAAGAUGUUUACUUUUGUGCAGAGUGAUGACGUAUUUCAGGAUCAGAUUUUUGUACACUGUGACGCUGUGCUUUGUGAUGCUGAGAGUGACGGCAUCUGUGAGAGACGAUGUCCAUCUCCCAUGCCUUUAAAAACUGGAAAGAAAGUACGAAGAGAGACUAAUAUCCAAUCCUUGAGAACACCGCUGUCAUCAGGAAAAAUCGUGCUCUCAAUCUCUUAGUCUAUUUUGGUUCUCGGUCUUAAUAAAGUCUUGUUCACAAAGCUUUU